UUUUACCAAGAAGAGAAGAAAAAUACAAACAUCCUACCUAUUAUCAUUCAUAUAUUCAUUUCACGUUCCAUAUCCAUGAUUUGUGAAACUUGUUUUGUUUAUUUUAUUAUUAUACUGUUCUAGUUUUUUCAACUGUUUUGAGGUAAACAUCACUAUGAUUUAUUCUUUGUUCUUCUCCUUAUUCAUCCUUCAAUCACACUCUAGUUUCAUCUUUCCAUAUAUAUUAAGGAUAUGUUAACAAACCUUGAGUGAAAAAGCUGAAAAUUGAUCUUGUUGGACAGAUUGAAAGGUUAUCUAAUAUUUACUUUAAUAAUGAAGCAAAGUGCUUUUUGCAAAACUUUUCUUUGUUUUCAAAUGUGAUGUUUGCAGCAAUCAUCUACUUUUCAGUGUAGUAGGUACACAGAAACACAUAUGCAACCUAUAGUUUCUACAGACUAAAUGUUAUACAGCAAAUAGUUCACAUUGUAAGGUAUACUUUUUUUCUUUCUUUCUAUGUAUAUAUAUGAUAAUUGAUUAACCUCCACAAUUUAAGGAAUAUUUUUUUUCAGUAGAGACAUAGCUUUGUUUCCCCUUAUGUGACAGAGUUUGAGCAGCAAAAGAAGCUAAAAAAGAAGAUGGAGGAUUAUUGGAGCAUUAUUUGUUCCGAGAAUGGAGGAAAUCUUUUCGGUUAUGAUUUCAAGUUAUUGACCGAUCCCUCCUCGUGCAUUAAUCAUUUUUUGCUCAUUUUCUUUGAUUUCUUAAUGGUGAUAAUGUUAACAAUCAUCAUGUUCCAAAAUUCUUCCUCGAGACCCUUUUGGAGUCUAGUAAGAUAUUCAAACUUGCAGCUAGUUUCUUCCAUAACCAACGGCUCUCUUGGUUUCUUGCAUUUAUGCUUAGGAAUUAGGGACUUAGAACAAAAGAUAAGGAAAAACCACAAUGCCUUUCCUAUUAAUUGGUGGUUACUCGAACUCUUUCACGGUUCAACAUGGUUGUUUGUAAGUUUAACUAUAAGUCUUCGGAUAAAACAACUUCCACGAGCAUGGUUGUUACUGUUUUCUAUUGUAAUGUUCAUUGUUGCUUGUAUAUUAUGUGUUUUAUCAAUGUUGUAUGCAAUUGGAAGCAGAGAAUUGUCUCUCAAAGCCGCUUUAGAUGUUAUAUCUUUUCCAGGAGCAACUUUGCUUCUGUUAUGCACUUACAAAGCAUGUAAACGUGAAGACGGCGAUGCUGACAGAGAAACUACUGAAAGGCUUUAUACUCCCUUAAAUAGCCAGUUCAAUGAUAUUUCUCAAUGUCAUGUCACCCCAUUUGCCAAAGCUGGAUUCUUUAGUAAGAUAUCUUUUUGGUGGUUGAAUCCGUUGAUGAAAAGGGGUCAACAAAAAACACUUCAAGAUGACGAUAUCCCAAAGUUAAAAGAGUCUGAACGAGCAGAAAAUUGUUAUUUUGCCUAUGAAGCAUCAAGACACUCAUCGGUAUUAUGGACAAUAAUUUUGUGCCAUAGGAGAGAUAUUCUGAUAACGGGAUUCUUCGCUUUGCUCAAGGUACUUGCAAUAUCUUGUGGCCCUCUACUUCUGAAUGCGUUUAUAUUAGUUUCUGAAGGUAAUGAAAGUUUCAAAUAUGAAGGCUAUGCAUUGGUUAUAUUACUUUUCUUCAUAAAGAUCAUAGAGUCCUUAUCACAAAGACAAUGGUAUUUCCAAUGUAGACUUGUUGGGAUGAAAGUGAGAUCACUACUUACCGCAAACAUUUAUAAAAAGAUACUAAGGCUAUCCAAUUCUGCUAGAUUGAUUCACUCUAGUGGUGAGAUAAUGAAUUACAUAACUGUGGAUGCUUAUAGAAUUGGAGAAUUUCCAUUCUGGUUUCACCAGACAUGGACGACAAUCCUUCAAUUGUGUAUUGCAUUAGUAAUUCUUUACCGAGCAAUUGGACUAGCAACAAUAGCUUCAAUGGUGGUGAUAGUUCUGACUGUGCUUUGCAACACUCCAAUAGCAAAGUUACAAAACAAGUUUCAGAGCGAACUUAUGGUGGCACAAGACGAGAGAUUGAAGGCUAGUUCCGAGGCUCUUGUGAAUAUGAAAGUGCUCAAGUUAUAUGCAUGGGAAAACCAUUUUAAAAAUGCUAUAGAAAAGUUGAGAAAUGCAGAACUCAAAUUGAUAUCAUCGGUUCAAUUAAGUAGGGCAUACCUUCUCUUCCUCUUUUGGAGCUCACCGGUGUUGGUGUCUGCUGCUUCUUUUCUAGCAUGUUACUUCCUUAAAAUUCCUUUGCAUGCAAGUAAUGUUUUCACUUUUGUGGCAACAUUAGGCCUUGUUCAAGUGCCAAUUACAGGUAUACCGGAUGUUAUUACGGUGAUCAUUCAAGCAAAAGUUGCAUUUGCUCGGAUAUGUAAUUUCCUUGAGGCACCAGAACUAAAGAGUGAAAGUUUCAAUAACAUCAUCUGUAAUGACAACCUCAGGGGCUCAGUUUUAAUAAAAUCAGCCGACUUUUCAUGGGAAGGUAAUGCAUCAAAGCCAACACUAAGAAACAUAAACUUGGAUGUUAGACGUGGGCAAAAGGUGGCUAUUUGUGGAGAAGUUGGCUCAGGAAAAUCAACGGUAUUAGCAACAAUUCUUGGAGAGGUUCCUAAUACAAAGGGAACUAUUGAUAUUUACGGGAAGUUCGCAUAUGUUUCUCAAACAGCAUGGAUACAAACAGGUACAAUACGGGAAAAUAUUUUGUUUGGAUCGGAGUUGGAUGAUCAAAGAUAUCAAGAAACACUUCAAAGGUCAUCAUUGGUAAAGGACCUUGAGUUACUUCCCUAUGGCGAUCUCACAGAAAUAGGCGAGAGAGGAGUUAAUUUAAGCGGAGGUCAGAAGCAGCGAAUUCAACUAGCUCGUGCUCUUUAUGAGAACGCUGAUAUAUAUCUCUUGGAUGAUCCGUUUAGUGCUGUUGAUGCACAUACGGCAAAAAGUUUGUUCAAUGAAUACAUCAUGGAAGGACUCAAAGGGAAAACCGUCUUACUCGUGACUCAUCAAGUCGACUUUCUGCCAGCAUUUGAUUUUGUUUUGUUAAUGUCAGAAGGGGUAAUCCUACAAGAAGGUCCAUAUCAGCAGCUUUUGACGACAAGCCAAGAAUUCCAAGACCUUGUCAAUGCUCACAAGGUUACCGAUGGUUCAAACCAGCUUGCAAAUGCUACUUUUUCUCAAGCUUCUAUAAAGAUUACACAAGCUUUAGUAGAAAAUAAGGGUAAAGAAGCAAAUGGAAAUCAAUUAAUCAAGCAAGAAGAAAGAGAGAAAGGAGACAAAGGGUUGAAGCCGUACUUACAAUAUCUGAAUCAGAUGAAAGGCUAUAUAUUCUUCUUCGUGGCUUCCCUUGGUCACCUUAUUUUUCUGGUUUGUCAGAUAUUGCAAAACUCAUGGAUGGCUGCUAAUGUAGACAAUCCUCGUGUCAGCACGUUGCAGUUGAUUUUAGUUUACUUCCUACUUGGAGCUUCUUCGGCAUUUUUCAUGUUGACUAGAAGUCUAUUUGUAGUUGCUUUGGGUCUUCAAUCCUCAAAAUUCUUAUUUCUACAGUUGAUGAACUCCCUCUUUCGUGCACCGAUGUCUUUUUAUGACGCUACACCAUUGGGAAGGAUACUAAGUAGGGUUUCAUCUGAUCUGAGCAUUAUGGAUCUUGACAUCCCAUUUAGCCUCACUUUUGCGGUUGGAACCACUAUGAAUUUUUAUUCUAGUCUUGCAGUUUUAGGAGUUGCAACUUGGCAAGUAUUGAUUGUUGCGAUACCAAUGGUUUACGUUACAGUUCGCUUGCAGAGAUACUACUUCACCGCAGCAAAAGAAGUGAUGCGGAUAAGUGGCACAACGAAAUCCUUUCUAGCUAAUCAUGUAGCUGAAACUGUUGCCGGAGCAGUGACAAUAAGGGCUUUUGAGGAGGAAGAUCGUUUCUUUCAGAAGAAUCUUGAUCUAAUUGACAUUAAUGCUAGUGCAUUUUUUCAUAAUUUUGCCUCAAACGAGUGGUUGAUCCAACGGUUAGAAACAAUUGGUGCAGGUGUUCUUGCCUCUGCAGCACUUUGCAUGGUUAUACUUCCAUCAGGGACUUUCACCUCUGGAUUUAUUGGCAUGGCUCUAUCUUAUGGCCUUGCACUAAAUUCUUACUUAGUAAAUUCAAUUCAAUGUCAGUGCACUCUUGCAAAUCAGAUAAUAUCAGUUGAGAGGCUAGAUCAAUAUAUGCAUAUACAAAGUGAGGCCAAAGAAAUCGUAGAAGGAAAUCGCCCUCCUUUGAACUGGCCAAUUGCAGGCAAAGUAGAAAUAAAUGACUUGAAGAUACGAUACAGGCCUGACGGACCACUUGUACUUCAUGGUAUCACAUGCACAUUUGAAGCAGGUCACAAGAUUGGUAUUGUCGGAAGAACAGGCAGCGGGAAAUCCACUCUUAUUAGUGCUUUAUUUCGUCUUGUGGAACCAACAGGAGGAAACAUUAUGGUUGAUGGCAUAGACAUCUCAUCUAUUGGCCUUCAUGAUUUGAGGUCGCAUUUUGGGAUUAUACCUCAAGAUCCUACGCUUUUUAACGGGACAGUCAGAUAUAACUUGGACCCUUUAUCUCAACACAGUGAUCAAGAGAUAUGGGAGGUUCUUGGAAAGUGUCAAUUGCGAGAAGUUGUCCAAGAGAGAGACGAGGGCUUAAACUCCUCAGUUGUUGAAGAUGGAUCAAACUGGAGCAUGGGACAAAGGCAGUUAUUCUGUUUGGGGCGUGCGCUUUUAAGGAGAAGUCGAAUAUUGGUACUCGAUGAAGCAACUGCAUCGAUUGAUAACUCAACUGAUCUGAUUCUGCAGAAAACCAUUAGAACUGAGUUUGCAGAUUCUACGGUGAUCACAGUAGCUCACAGGAUACCGACUGUGAUGGAUUGCACUAUGGUUCUUUCAAUCAGUGAUGGAAAACUGGCGGAGUAUGACGAGCCAACAAACUUGAUGAAGAGAGAAGAAUCGUUGUUCAGGAAACUUGUCAAGGAAUACUGGUCUCAUUUUCAGUCUCCAGAGUCACAUUGAUGUCUACAAUAAUUUUUUCUAUACCGUCUCUAUUCUCUCUCUCUCUUUUCCUCUUUUGCGUUAGCAAUAAGUCCAGAUUGUUAUGUUAAGCUCUGAAUUAAAUCUCUAGCCACAUGCCUAUUAGCUUAAGAUCAUCUACUGUUACGAAUCGGAGAUCAGCUAAGCUAUACCACUUUCAGUUAUCUAUGACGGUUGGCUGAAGGACCAAAAUACAUAAUGUAGAAAAAUAGACUGAUAUAUUUUCAAUUCAUCCCUCAAAUGAUCAAAGAGUUCAAUUUAAAUA